AUGUUCAGGAAAAUAUACGAGCUGUUUGAUAUUUCGCUAUUAUCUAGCCCUCGAUUUUUAAACAUCAUUUUCGGAACAGCUUUAACAGUUACGUCGAUACAAAACUUUAGUUUGAUAUACCCUAUCUUUUUACAGAAAGUAGCAUCAAUGGAUAAACAGCAAACAGCAAAUUGUAUGUCAACUGUUGCUUUUGCUGACAUAAUUGGCAGAUUGACAUUACCGGCAGUCCAAGACAAGUACAAAAUAAAAGCAAGAAUGAUGCUUAUUCUUACCAGUAUUUGGCUUAUUAUUGUCAGACAAGUACUGGUGUACCAAACAGAUUUGAACGUCUUAAUCCUGAUGUCUUGCCUUUACGGCUUUGGCAGAAGUAUGGUGAUUGUAGCCCGAAAUAUUGCCCUAUCCGAAGAUUGUAGACUAGAUCAAGUGCCAGCUGCAGUGGGACUUGGAAUGCUUAGUAUGGGGCUGGAUUUAGGGGAGGGCAACGGGGGCAACAGCCUCGCGGCCUACACAAAAGAGGGGCCCCCAAAA